AUGGGUAUGCUGUAUGGGUCUCAGGCGUCCGCUGGGAGUGAUAGUGACCCAGGUGGCCCGGGGCGGUGGCCCAGGCAGGCUCGGCGGCUAACCUGCGUCCUUUUUUUCAGGGAGGAGGGACGCGACCUGCUGGGGAAGCGGACGAUGGACUUCAAGGUGUCGUACCUGGACCCCGGCCUCACGCAGUCCUACCUGUGUGACUCGGAGCUGCCGCAGUUGUACGCGUCCCGCAUGAGCCGUAAGUACAAGACGCAGCUGCGAGACUUCCUGACGACGUGCCACAGCAAGAGGAGCUACACCAACCUGUCCGACACGGCCUACAACAACUACAACAACGUGUACGGUGCCUCGCCCUACGCCACGGACAACGGCCUCUACAUGCAGCAGAACCUCGGCAACCUGCAGUCCCUCUACCCCACCAGCUACCUGCCCGCCGACAACCUCUUCCACUACCGCCAACUGGGCUCCUACUACCCGGACUACAUGACGCACGGCUACGUCAGCAACGGAUACGUGGACCCCACGCGCCCCUGCCUCGGCUAUGACGUCACCAAGACGGCCGCAGACCAGAAGCUGUACUGCGCGACGCAGCUCGACGCCUCCAAGUACCAGUACAAGCCCACGGACGCCUACUCGGCCGUGUACGGCACCAACACGGUGCUGCCCUCGCUCGACCACAAGUACACGGACCUGCGGACGGCGGACGUGCGACGAGACGACCCCUCGGCCCUGGCGUCCCCGGGGGCCCUAGCGGCCACCCCUGGCGCCGCCAGCAGCGUCGCAGUCAGCUCAGCCGUCACGAGUGCCAGUCACAAGGAAGAUACCAAAGACAGCGAGGCGUACCCCAACAACACGCGUCAGACGGUGCUUAUGUGGGGCUCCGCCUCCCACGAUUAUGACCCCAACAAGAAGUACGGCGAGGCGCCCGUGUCCUCCGCCCCGUCGUCGCUGGACCCGAGUUUAGGCGGCGUCGCCUGCAAGUGGGGCACCGCCACUCCAGCGUCCACGCCGGGUGCCCGCAGCAGCGCUGGUGGCUCUCCGCAUGGGCCGGAGGGAUCCUCGCCCCACGGAGGUCCGCCCUCGGCACACUCGGCGCACUCCGCCGCUGUUGCCGCCGCCACCGCCGCCUCAGCCGCCCAUGUCGGCGCAGGUACCGUGGCGCCAGCGGGUAAGGCUGCGUACAGCUACAGUGAGGGCGGCGAGGUAUGGCACCACCAGUACUAUCCUUACCACCCGUAUCACACCCCGCAUGCCAUGGGGGAACCCAGCUACCCGCAGAUCAGCAGGAACCCAAUCCUUUGCUGUCCAUCUCUGAGGUAACCAACACCCUCCUCAACCACCACGACUAGACCUGGUGGUGACGACUCCAAGGGAGAAGGAGGAAGCGCCCCUGUGUGGGAGCCCCGAAGUGACCUCUGACCCGCCACUCCUUGCCCAGUCAUGAGAGCAGCUGAUGACCCCGCCCUCCCAGAGUCCGGUUUUGGGGUCAUUAGAAUUUGUGGCUCCGUACCUCUUCAUCGCAGACUUGGGGUCGCUGCAGCCCAUGACAGAGGCCCAGAGCCCGGCCGUGGGGUCACCUCAGGCCACGGGGUCCCUGCAGCCUGUACCGCAAGCCCAGA